AUGGAGACGGAUCUCAAGGGCGGCAGCCUACAUGCCACAGUGCCGCCGCAUCAUGCGCUUCAGCACGGCUACGGGUCCCUGGGCGCGCUCGGCGGCAUGAUGGCGCUGCCCCAACAGCAGUCGCUUGGACAACAUCAGCCGUUGCAGCCCCAACAUCACCAGCCGUUGCCCCAACACCACCCACAGCCCCAACAACAACACCAUCAACCGCCAAAUAAUAACAACAACAACAACAGCAAGAACUCUAAUGCGGACCGUGUCAAGCGUCCAAUGAACGCGUUUAUGGUGUGGUCGCGAGGGCAACGCAGGAAGAUGGCCUCUGAUAAUCCGAAAAUGCACAAUUCCGAAAUAUCUAAACGUCUUGGUGCACAAUGGAAAGAUCUCUCUGAAUCUGAGAAGCGACCGUUCAUCGACGAGGCGAAGAGACUUCGCGCUGUUCACAUGAAGGAACAUCCUGAUUACAAAUACAGACCACGGAGGAAGACGAAGACGUUAGCUAAGAAGCAGGAGAAAUAUCCACUCGGUGGCGGUGCACUGUUAGGAGCAGGUGAUACGCAACGAGCGGCUGCACCGGCGGCACAACAGCCACGCGACGUAUAUCAAAUGACACCAAACGGAUACAUGCCCAACGGAUAUAUGAUGCAUGACCCUAGUGCUUACCAGCAGCAAGCCUACGGAUACCCGCGUUACGACGUGUCACAAAUGCAGCAAGGUGGUUACGGUGGCGGAUAUGGAUAUGGCGGAGGACAGAGUUCACCAUAUCUACCCCAACCGCCGUCACCAUCUGCUUACGGACUAGGUCCCGGCUCACCAGGCGGGUACGCGUUGCCGCCAUCGUGUGCGUCGCAUUCUCCAAGUGGUUCAUCUGCAAAAUCUGAGCCAGUGUCGCCGGGCCCACCGGGGUUGAAACGCGAGUUUGUGCCACACGAACCUCCAGCGCAGCUAAAACGUGAAUACGUGCCGCAUGCUCACGCACAUGACCAGCUCGCUAUGAAGCGUGAAUACGGGCAACAGGACUUGAGUCACAUCAUCAACAUGUACCACGUGCCCGACGAGCAGCGAUACGCGGCCGCCGGUGAGCGCGCGAUGCCUCUCAUCUGA